CCGCCGCGUGGCAGCGUUGCCCCUUCGUCCUCCACUUAGGGGGCUGCGGGGACCGAGGUGCCAGGACACCGCCCGGAGGGGAGCUCAUCCGGCCGCGCAGACGCCCCGCGGGCUCCGGGGAGGGACUUGGCCUGCUUUCUGGCCUCCACUCGCCGGGGAGGAGCCGCGCGGCUGCAGCUGGCGUCGCGCGGAGCUUCAGGGACGCAGGCGACCAGGCCGAGAGCCGCGCGCGCAGAACCGGAGCCCACGCUGCCUGCGGGUUCCCGGUCGGGCCUCUCGGGCUCCCAGCUCAGAGCAGAGGAGGCGCGGCGACACCGCGGGGCGCGGCCGAGGGGAGGAGAGAGCGGAGCGCGGGCGAGCGCCGAGCCGGCCGGGCCUCGCGGGGCCGCUGCUCCGCCAAUCUGCGGGCGCUGACGCGGGGGGCGGCUCCACGGCGCUCGGAUAUCAGCUGGCCUGGCGCGGGGAGCCUGGAGCUCCGCCGUGCGGGCGCUGCGCUCCGGGUCGGCCCGCUGCACCUGCCAGUUCGCGGCUUCGCCCCGCGCGCCCCCUCGCGCUCCCCUUCUCGCCCCAGUCUCUCCAGCCCAGUCUUCUAGCCGCAACCUGACAACACGGAGAAGUAGCCUUGUUACCGGCCCAACACCCGGAAUGGCCCAGCGGGAGCUUUGCACUCUGGAUCGGAAUCGUCGUCGCGCCCCGGCCAGGAUGAACAUCCGCGCCUCUUGCCUACACGCCCAAUGAGUGUCGUAGCCGUCCCGGAGACCUUCGUCCGCAGUGUUCCCUGUCACUUCUGCCACCAGGUCCACCGACAAAGGCCACUGGCUGCCCCCCGAGAUGGCCUGGAGAGCUGGUGCUUUGGUAGCCGGUGUCCUCCACGACGUCCGAGUCUGGGGACAGCUCCUGAGCUGGUAGCUGAUCGUGUGCUGAAUGGACCUUGACCCGCGAGUCGUUGCCGGCUUGGUGCCAAGCUGAGGGGUGCCGGUGUAGCGCGCGUCCGGAACCCCCUAAGCACGCUGGCCUGCGCGGCCAUGAAGAUGAUUCUGGUGCGCAGGUUUCGCGUGCUCAUCCUGGUGGUGUUCCUACUGGCUUGCGCUUUGCACAUUGCUGUUGACCUGCUACCCAAGCUGGACCGGCGCGCUGCGCGAUCCACGGGGGAACCCGGCUGUUCCUGCGCUCAGCCGGCGGCAGAAGCAGCUGGCCCAGGUUGGGCCCAGGCGAGGAGCCGCCCUGGGGAGUCCGCCGGUGGCGACGCAGGCUGGCCCAACAAGCACACACUGCGCAUCCUGCAAGACUUCAGCUCAGAUCCAGCCUCUAACCUAACCUCCCACUCCUUGGAGAAGCUGCCUCCUGCAGCAGAGCCGGUUGAUCACGCCCCACGGGGCCAGGAGCCCGGCUCCCCGCCACUCCGUGACCGUGCGCACCGCCCGCUGCUAAGAGACCCUGGGGCUCGGCCACGGGUGCCGCCCCCUGACCCCAGCGGGGACGGAUCGCUCUUAGCCAAGUUGUUUGAGCACCCACUCUACCAGGGUGCUGUGCCUCCUCUGUCAGAGGACGACGUCCUGUUUAAUGUGAACAGCGACAUCAGGUUUAACCCCAAGGCAGCGGCAGAAAAUCCAGACUGGCCACAGGAAGGUGCUGAAGGAGCAGAAUUCUUGCCUACUGGCGAAGCAGCCGUGGAUCUCUAUCCUAACUGGCUCAAAUUCCACAUCGGCAUCAACCGGUAUGAGCUGUACUCCAGGCACAACCCGGCCAUCGACGCCUUGUUGCAGGACCUCGGCUCUCAGAAGAUCACCAGCGUCGCCAUGAAGUCAGGGGGCACACAGCUGAAGCUCAUCAUGACCUUCCAGAAUUACGGGCAGGCGCUAUUCAAACCCAUGAAGCAGACGAGAGAGCAGGAGACGCCGCCUGACUUUUUUUAUUUCUCUGACUACGAGAGGCACAAUGCGGAGAUCGCUGCUUUCCACCUUGACAGGAUCCUGGACUUCCGCAGAGUCCCUCCUGUGGCUGGCAGGAUGAUCAACAUGACCAAGGAAAUCCGGGAUGUCACACGGGACAAGAAGCUGUGGAGAACCUUCUUUGUGUCUCCAGCCAAUAACAUCUGCUUCUAUGGAGAAUGUUCCUACUACUGUUCCACGGAGCAUGCCCUGUGCGGGAGGCCCGACCAGAUCGAAGGCUCCCUGGCGGCCUUUCUGCCUGACCUGUCUCUGGCCAAGAGGAAGACAUGGCGGAACCCCUGGCGUCGUUCCUACCACAAACGAAAGAAGGCCGAAUGGGAAGUGGACCCCGAUUACUGUGAGGAGGUGAAGCAGACGCCACCCUACGACAGUGGCCACCGAAUCCUAGACAUCAUGGACAUGACUGUCUUUGAUUUCCUCAUGGGAAACAUGGACCGACAUCACUACGAGACCUUUGAGAAGUUCGGGAAUGAGACCUUCAUCAUACACUUGGAUAACGGACGCGGGUUUGGGAAAUACUCACACGAUGAGCUCUCCAUCCUAGCGCCUCUUCAUCAGUGCUGCAGGAUCCGGAGAUCCACCUACCUGAGGCUGCAGCUGCUGGCUAAGGAGGAGCACAAACUGAGCCUGCUGAUGGCCGAGUCCCUGCAGCGUGACAAGGUGGCUCCUGUGCUUUACCAGCUGCACCUGGAGGCCCUGGACCGGCGGCUGCGCAUAGUGCUGCAGGCCGUGCGAGACUGCGUGGAGAAGGACGGGUUGAGCAGUGUGGUGGAGGACGACCUAGCCACUGAGCACAGAGCCGCUACCGAGAGGUAGUGACCCGCACUGCCCUUGAGGAAGGAGCGCAGAGCCUAGCCACCUGUGAAUUCAGUGAAUUCAGAUGGGACGGGUCAUCCCCUUCAGCUGACCUGCGGCAGGGAGCAUGGGGUCUCCCUCGUGGCUCUGAUAGGGAUGUGUGGGCCUCUGGAUCCAGCAGAGACCGGACAAAGCACUCUGGACAUGCAGGAGAGGAACCUUGACUCGCUGUUUUGUACUUAACAAAAGGCUCGCACUCCCGUCGAUGGAGAUCCCAGCAGAUCAGAGAUCACCUCUGGACCACUUUGAGGACCUCCGGUGAUGCGACCACACUCUGGCCCUCAAUGACAUCCACUUUCUGCUCUCCCUUCCCGGGGCCUCCUCCCUCAGAGGCUGCAGAGCUCCAGGGAGGGGAGGUUCAGAUGGACAUCAUGGCCUGUGCGUGGGCAGAUGAGGGCCCAAGAAUAAGGCUUUGGAUACAAAUGACCAGCUAUCUACUUGUUCGCUGCUGCACAGUAGCCAGGCCUUACUCAUUGGCGGUGAACACUGCCUGCCUCAGCUGAGCUCUGGACAGUGGGUGCCAAGGCACUAUGCAGGGCUCAUGGUCCCAGGGCAGCAGGCAAACCUUGGGACAUUUUUGUGGAGUAGUUUGCAGUGAGGUGACAGUGCAAUAAAGGUACAGCAAGUG